CGUAAAUCAGUACAGUUCUCGCCAUUCUUGAUCUGCGGUUGCAGAGAGUAUUAUAUCACUGGCAGUUCUCUGAUCAAUCACAAGCGUCAGGGCAAAGGGAAAGGUAAAACAAGAUGAAAUUCUUGUGUUUUGCGGUUCUUUGUCUUGGAUCUUUAAUGGUAAAUGCUAGAGACACUUCCAAAUGCAAACUUGAUCUUGGUUUGUUAGUUGACACGACAAAAAGUAUCACGAACGCAAACCUUCCAAAACUGAAGGACUCGCUGGUGAGUUUAGUGAACCAGUUUAACGUUUCAACCGACGGAACCCACGUAUCGCUUGAAACGUUCGAAAAGAAAAGCACGCUUCACAACAAGUUCAACGACGACCUUUAUCACAGCAACAAAGCCAUCGAUGAUUUGAUAACCUACAAUAUUACCAAGCUGGACCAACCUACCCGCCUUGACAAAGCAUUGAAGAUGGCCAGGGAGUUCAUGUUCAGAGAUGAAAGUGGACAAAGGGCUGGAGUUCGGAGUGCCAUGGUUUUGUACACCGAUGGAAGAUCACACCGUGAUACGGAGGAUUUUAUCCUGGAUGUUGAAGCCAUCAAGGUUAGGCAAUGAGGGAGCAGAAUUCUACUUGCACGCUCAUGUGAAUGCUGCAAUCUGAUUGACUGAGCUACCGUCCACUAUCAGCCAUGUUCACCACUAAAUUUUCCUUUGUCAUCAAGGUUUAUGUAGUGCCCACGACUGGAGGUCGUCUGUAAAAGGGCGAGGUUCUUUCGUUUUGUCGAAGUUUUGAGGAACAUUCAGAAAUAUUACAAGAUAAAUGCAAUCUCUGAGAAGACUGAAAGAAGGACAUUUAGGGUUACGAGACUUUCAAAAUUCCAAAUUGUUAAAAAAAAAAAAAAAAGUGGUAAGAGCGCUUGCACAGCUGCAGGUUUCAAAUGGCAAUUCAGACGUACGAUUUUUCUAAGGCUACAUGGAGAAAUAACUGGAAGUCGUUAUUUGAAGGAAAUUAGUCCCAUAAAAAGGCGUACGAAAUUUUUAAG